ACAACUUGAGUGUCAGUGCUGGAGUGAAGUUACAACUAUGCUUUAUAACCGUAGAACACAACAACUUUGUGCAAUCGUGAAUCGCGACAACUCUUACAAAUCAUGUCAACUUCAGUUCCAUUUGGUUCUUAAUCCAGCCUAAAAUUGGACCAACAAACUGUGUCGAUCAUGGCUUUAUCUCUUAAACAGUGUUUACUUUUAAUUAUUGUAUCGUCGUGGCAAGUUACGAAUUUGGCUUCGACGUGCCCAGAAAUAUGUUCGUGCAGUAAUAACGUGACUUUAUGUCAAAGAUGUUCUUAUAACAUAACAUUGAGAGAAUGUACGAAAGUAUAUCGUGUGGUGGUGUGCUGUAAUGAAGACAAACAGCUGGAAUCUUUGAGGCUGAAGUAUGGAAACAAAACUCUUACGGAACUUUCAGUGCAUUACCCCAGUACGUGCAACGUCAGUACUGUUGAUUUUGAUUUAUCAGCAAUGGAUACUCACUCACUUAUAAUUAGAAAUAGCAAUAUUGUCAAGAUAAACCUCAAUAUAAAGACACAGAAUGUGCAAGAAAUUGAUUUGUCCGCAAAUAAGUUACAAAUCAUUAAAAAAGGCAUCUUCAAUAAAUUUAUUAAUCUAAGGAAACUAGAUCUGAGUAAAAAUAGGAUCAUAAGUGUGAUAGAAGAGUCUUUCAGCGGAUUAAACAAGCUCGAGUCCUUGGAUUUAUCUGAAAACAAUUUGACCUUGUUAGCGAAUGUAUUUACACCGCUCAAGAACCUUCAGCAUUUGAAUCUUAGCAGGAAUAAUAUAGAAUUUAUUCAUGAAAAUUAUUUUAACAACUGGUUACUGCAACAUUUGGACGUGUCGCACAAUAAUUUGAGGAAACUUGCACCGGGAGCGCUGCAGCUGUUGCCGAACUUGGCGCGUCUUCUGCUGACUGACAACCCGCACCUGGGCAUCACGCAACUGGACACGCAGCUGCUGGUGGGCACCGGCCGGCGCUUGCAGCAAAUCGAUGCAUCGAGGACCGGUCUCUAUCAAGUUCCCGAAGCUUUCACACACUCUGUCCGUUUCCUAUCGUUGGUAGGAAACCGCAUAUCUUCAGUUCGCUGUGGCGAUUUAGAUAGCUAUCCAUUGCUUCAAUCCCUAGACUUUUCAGACAAUAAAGUCACAUCUGUUGAAGAUGAUUCCUUGGGAAGACUCGAAAUGCUUUUAUUUUUAAACUUGAAUAAGAACCUUCUGACCAGCGUUCCGAAAUCUUUACCGGAUGAGCUUAAAUAUUUAUCUAUGAACAACAAUCUAAUUAGAAAUCUUUCUAUACCAGAUUUUAAAAAUCUGCCCAAUCUUCGUAUUUUGUUAUUACAAAACAAUCAAAUACGUUACAUUGAAGACCACGUGUUUGAUGAUUUGCUUUCCCUGGAAAUGUUAGAUCUUUCAAAUAAUCCCGUUCAGUCCUUCUCUUCGAGUACAUUCGAUGGGCCUCUUUCGUUGCGAGAUCUCAGGCUCUGUUAUUUAAAUCUCUCGGUCCCAGAAAAGGAUGGUUCAUUUCCAAUGUCAAAUCCGGAAAGCGUGCAAAUGUUACACCUACAGUCCAGCCCGGGCCUAGCUCGACAAUUACUGGCCGAUUCAGCUGCGUUAGCUGCUUUUUCCCACUUACAGUACUUAGAUCUAAGAAUGAAUAACCUUUCUGAAGUUAGGAAUGACCUACUUUUUUACUUGAGUCAACUAAAGACACUGAGACUGCACGGUAAUAAAAUAAACUGCAGUUCUGAAAUGUGGUUAAAGGACUGGAUGACUUGGAACAAGAGUUUAUCAAAUGGAGAGACGUGUUAUUACUCUACAUCAGAAACUAAGACCGAUGUAACAAAAUACAAUUGUACCUUCCCCGAAACAUUCACUAUAAGCGAAAGCUUACCACCUGUAAACUUGUAUAGUACUGAAAUGAUUAACAAAUUACUUCGAUAUUACGGCUACCUCAAUAACAAAACAGAAAGAGCUAAACACGAGACAAUCAAUUACCCCGAUAAAGGUAAUGCUGUUUUUGCGAACAAGUCGUUAACAAUAAAUCAGAGAAAUAAUUUACAACCACAGAUAGUACGCAACGACAGCACGACAUCAAGAUACGAAAAUAAAAUUCCUUAUACCGAUUAUUUCAAUGAAAGCUCUGCUGCUAAAGUUAGAGAAUCGACUAAAGUUUUGGAACAAAAUAAAAUCCAAAACGAUCAGUUCAGUAUUGAUCACAAGUUUUUAGAUAUUGAACCAUAUGUUUACUCACCACCUAAAGAUACGGGUAAAUUGUAUCUGGAUGAGGUCAGUCCUCAUAAAAAUAGAUCUGGAAAACGACUAAAUACUCCAACUAACAUAGUGAGUAAAAUGAAUAUGGAUGAAAUAUCCAAAAAUGAAUCAAAAUUAAAUUUAUUGUCACCUAAUUCAAGUGGAGUAGAAAACGACACUGCGGAAGCUGAUUCGACUAAUUUGAAUAAAAAAACAGAAUUCUCUCCUUACCAGUCUACUCAUACAAGCUACGCACAAUACCUAGGAACAGGCAUUGUAUCGACCCUAAUAGUGAUGUCCUUAAUUUUAUGGGCAAGCUUCCGAUUGAGAUACAGAAGAAGACGGGUACCAGCUGUUACAAUAGAGCGAGAGGACCAAAUAGAGGUGUCCAAUAUAUCCGGCGGGGUGCUGUGGUGACACUUGAGAGCAGCCGAUCCUACACCCUUCGAAUACGACUCACUUUUGACGUAGCACUAAUUUCGAAGCGGUCGGCUGCUUGAUGGAGGGGCGGUGUUAUGUGAUAUAUGGACGUGCGUAUUUUUUUAUGAAAUAAGUACAAAUAGAGUGAUGGGCUGGACUGCAGAGGCUAAGCGUUGCCCUCGUUUCUAAUAUGUAAAUAAUUGUUUUGUUGUUUUAUCGAUGACCAUAGAAAUAGAAAUAUUUUUGUGCGAAGUCGUAGAGACAUUGUGAAUUUGUGAUUAAUAUUCAAAGUUUUUCAUUUCAAGAUAUUACCUACUAAUUGUAGUUGUAAUACAUGCCCUAAAGCCAUUGUUGCUGGCGAAUUAUGACGGAUACUUAUGACAAGCAAUAAAAUGAUACAUAUUUUAUUUUUUCAUAAUUAAAAUAAUUGUCAGCAAAAAUGGCUUUCUUAAUUAGUAAGGCAUUGGGUGUGUAUUUGUUUAAAACGUUACUAACUAUACCAAAACUUUUGCAAAGAGCAUUCGGGUUACUCUCGGACUGUAUAUCUUAUGAGUAUAUUUUCUAUUCCAUGUAUUUGAUAAUUUCACGUACAAACCACGUAUUCUGCUACGAGUCGUGCGUGUCAAUAAUAAUUCUCUAUUAUGAAAGGUGUGAAGCUCUCUAACAUUUCUAACAUUAUUAAAGCGGGAUAUUAAGCAUUGUUGUAUUUCGAGAGUAACCCCACAGAUCAAGUCUUCCCUGUUAACCCUUUGUAACUAUUAACAUAAUGAUAUUGCUAAUUAUCGUGUAGCGUGCCCGAUUCAAGUGCCAAAUGUUGUUUCUAACGCCAAAUUGUUUAUCGCUCUGUUUACUUCUCAUAGAAAUAUUCAUAGAUUUACUUUUGGCUAUUUUAAUCUAAUUCCUUUUUAUGUGAUGUUUUAUUUAAUGUUACCCUAACUUCGAUAAUGUUAAAACUGUAAUGAUAAUAUCAUUAUAGUUUUAUCGAAACUCACGGCAAAAUUGUAAUUACGAGUACUUCUUUAUGUUAUAGACACCAAAUACAUAAUUAGUGUAAAAUUGUAUAACUGGUUUAAGAUUCAAUAGUUUGUUUGUAUUCGAUUGACGUUACAUAAAAAAAAAUACAUUUCAUUCAUCAUCCUGAAACUAAGGUUGUAACUUGAUAUAUAACAUUUUGAAAACAAUGAUGUGUAGAUAUAUGUUUUUACGUGAAUUGUAGUUUAUGAUGUACAAACGGAUAGUCAAGAUUUAAUA